AUGGAAAAUGCAGCUUUUGUUGACGAUUUUUCAUGCCUACUUGUGAGGCAUUUUCCGAAAUAUAUUUUGGGGGCUUCUUCUUGUGGCAAAAAUGGGCCAAUAAAUUUUGAAGACCUUUUGCUGAUGGUCGAGGAGGCUACAGACAAGAUGGUUUUGCACGUGUUGAAUAUAUUGCGCAUACUUUUCGCACCUGGAAAGCCGGUCGAGUUGGAUGCUACGUGCCUGGUCAACACAGUUGAAAAGUAUUUGCACUAUUUGACUUCAAAUACUUUGAUCGCAAACGGCCCCAAGCUACCUCGCCCUAAAGAUUGCACUGCAAUUGCCCGAGCAUUGAUUUGUGGCAACCAGGACUUGGCCUGUAGCUUGGGAUGUGCUCUUUCUUUGGGCGAUAUAUUGGAUCCUAUUCUUAAUGAAAAGAUCGAUUUUUAUAGGCUAGCUACGUAUAUCGUGAGUUCUCGCGCUGCUCCAAAAUCUUCAAUGCCUUUUUUUUCGUUUUUAUCCAACGCCUACUUUGACGCACCAAAGAAAGUAUCUGACAUCGAUGAGUCGUAUUUUGUUGAGCUUGAAUGGCCUGAUAUUUGCCUUGUUAUUUUCAGACGAUUUGCUGCGGUUUUCCAAAAGGAAUCGAAAAGCGAUAUCGAUUCGUACCAAGUUGUGUCGGCGAUUGUUUCCUUUUUUGACGUGCAAAAUAUGUACUCUGCAAUCCUUUUGUAUUACCUGCGAAUCGCAUACAUUCUGAAACAUCCCGAUGAAUCCUCGCGUCUUUGUCUGGUGAGAAAAAUACCCUCGCCCAUCAACAGGCUGUUGGAUGAUCAGCUUCUAUUUGCAGCCGAAAAUUCGCCUCAGAUUUCCUUUGUAUUUUUCCUUGUUACGCUUCAGGUGAGUCCGUUUGCUUAUUCGGAAGCUCUGGCUUCGCCGCAGAGCCUGUUUUUCAGUGUCGUUUCAAACCAAAAUAUUUCAAGCGAUACCGUCACGUGUUUGAUUCUUUAUGGCUUUGUUAGCAGAAUGCCGCUUCUCAAUGCAUUUUCAAUCUCCGAGGAAGGCAAGCUUCUUUUCCUGCACUUGCCCGCUAGAUUCGUUGUCGACGAUACCCGUAUCCGGCCAUUUUUGCCGCAAUUGGAUCGCACUUGUUUGUUCAGAAACCUAUUGGAUGUUUUUUCGCCCUGUUUUGGCCUCUCUAUUGAUAAGCUCGAAAAUGCUGCGCUCAUUGAAAUGCUUUGUAAGCCAUUUUGUAUGCAGCUUGCGGAGAAAUAUUACCGCCAUGGUGCUGUCCAUCUGCGUGAAGCCUUUUUGAAGCUGCCCAAGGAAGACUUUUGUUGUUUUGUGAAAGCAUUCUCCGAAUGUUCGAUGGCCCUUUUUUUGAUAUCAGAAGCCGUGUCGUCAUGCACUCAUGAGCUUAGCAACAUCCAGAUGUUUCUAUUUUUGAUUUCAUCUACCAUUCGACCGCCUAUUUCUGAGCUGUGCUUACUUUCGCCAUUUUUAAAUCUACUGAAGGAUAUCAUUGAGGCCAUUGGCGGACCUAAAGCCGUUCCAAAGAUUUUGUUUUUCUAUCAACUGUUUUCGGCGUUCUAUCCGCUUCUCGCAUCUAAAGAAAACGAGGAGGAGGUUCGCCAGGGCAGCUCCAAGAUCGAGUAUGCCAAAACAUUGGGGGUGCUUGAAUAUCUUGGCGUUGAUAUACCCUGUAGCCUACAAGCAGCCAUAAAUGUGGAUAGCUAUAGCGAUUACAUUUAUCAGAUAAAGAGAUCAAUUAAAGGGGCAAUCCAGGAUUUGGAGCUAUCCCAUAAUUAUGAGGAGCCCGAGCACUUGGAUCCCAUUCCGAUCGAUAUUUGUAAUGCAUGGGCCGGUCUUUUGGCGGAAAACAAAAUUCAUUCGUCACCAACGGAAGCGCCAGCUUCUCAUCUGUUUGAUCACAACAUUGACAGGCUUCUUCACAACGUCCCCUCGGACAAGGACUACAAGUACUACCUUCUGAAUUGUUUGUAA